AUGCGCGCCCCAGUGACCGCGGUGAUGUUCCCUCUCCUGUCCCUUUUGGAUUGUCUGCAGCGUGAUGGGUCUAUGAACUGGAGCAAGCUACCAGUUGAUUUCGUGGACCGAGAGUACGGCACAGUGUCGUCCAAGCAAAAGACACGCAAUGAGAGUCGUGAAGCAGUGUUUUCCGAGUUGAUGAAUUUGCUGAAAUCAAGUGACGGCCCAUUGUCCAAUACCGAUUUGAAUCGCCUCAAGUCUGAGAUCAAGAAGGACCCUGAGCUCCUAGGAAUGACGUUGCACUCUAUCAAGACUGACCCCACCGACAAAGCAAGCCCAUCGCAAGUCGGUGAUUUAGUGGCUGGUUUGGGGUGGGCAGAUGAAAUCGCUGAAAUUUUUGCAUCGAUGCCGGGUCUCCAGAAAAACCGCGACGCAGUAGUGGAUCGUGAAGCUUUUACACGCCAAGUCCCUGCACGGGCUGAGCGAUUGCGUGAGCUGCGUGCGGUCCAAAAACUGUCUACCAGGUCUGAAGUGUCGAAGAAGCAUAAGAGGCGGACUAAGAAGCGAAGGAAGGCUGCUGGGUGGGCUGCAGCAGAAACGAACAAGGUGGAUCUACACAGCUCUCGGCAAACAGACUUGGCAGUCCGACGGGCUUUAGCAGACGGAUCUUCAUUCGAGAUGGCGCUCACAAAGCUUUCGCAAACUUUCGCUCGCUUACGAAACCCAAGUAUCCGAGGCGCUGAUAAAGCUGGCGAUGUCGAGACCGCGUGCAUUGCGAUCAAGAAGCUCGAUGGGGUUGACGGAGUUGUUAUCCAGAACAGAUGCACUGAAGACGUCAGAAUUGCUGCUAAGGCAUGCCGUAUCAUUCGAAGCCUACCGCGUCAUCCACAUGGCCCAGAAGUUUUAUCGAGUUGGUCAUGUAGCUGUCAGGGGGCCAGCCCUCGCACCAUUGCGAAGCCUAUGCAGUACAACACUCGAGUGUACCAAGUUCGUGCUGUCGACGGCGCAACUUUGUGGCUCUAUUAG